CUCGGGUCCCGGAGUCACGUACAGUGACAUACCCAGCACGUUGUCAUUCUGCUCGUACCAGUCCCUGUACCUUACACCUGUUGUUCCACGCGCCAGAGACGUACCAACAUCCUAGACGAAAAAACCCAGCAACGCGCGCCUUUAAGAGUCCUUCCCCAUUCGUUAGCACUGUGAAACGCAAUCUCCGUUAAUCUUCAUUCGGUGACAUUUGUGAUAGUUAAAUCACGUGUGUGGUUAGUCAUUGCGCAACGCCAGUGUUACAUUUAUUGUUAUAAGUCAGCGUCUUACUCCACGUGCUGUCGACUUACAAUGAAGCUGUUGGUGUUGUGGCUCAGUUUUGCCGUUCUGAGUUCCUCCCUCGGCAUCAACCCAGCCACCGAGGAGGAGGAGUGGCAGGAGUGGAAGGCCAGGUAUGGGAAGAGCUACCCCACGGAUGAGGAGGAUGAAGACAGGAGGAACGUGUGGCUGGAGAACUACGACUACGUGAACGCCCACAACGACCGCAACGACGCCACCUUCAAACUGGAACUCAACAAAUUUGCCGACGAGCUCUCCGCAGCCGCCAUUGACCCAGAGCACGAGGGAGCCGUUCACGAGGAGAUUUUAGUGAAGGAUAUGUCCGCCCCCAAACAAUUCGACUGGAGGAAGAAGGGUGUGGUUGGUGCUGUCAAAAACCAGGGGGAGAUGGGAUAUGUGGAGGCGUAUGUGGCUGCAGAGUGUGUGGAGAGCCUGCACGCAAUCCAGACGGGCAAGCUGUUUGACCUCAGUGCCGCGGAGGUUGCGGCUUGCUGUCAGGCAUCGCUACAGCUCCCCAUCGACGAAGACGUGUUUGGCUGCAUCCACAAAAUCGGGGGCCUCUGCACAGACGCUUCAUACAAGCCUACAUCAAAAUGUUCCAAUACGUCAUGCGAACCUGUGGCCCAAACACAGGGCACUAAGUUUGUCCCGGCUAACAACGAGGGGGCCCUUCUAGAGGCCCUCCUGACCGUCCCGGUGUUUGUGACGAUCAACGCCAGCCCACAGUCCUUCCUGUUGUACAAAUCUGGAGUGUACUCGGACCCACAAUGCACCGGUCGCUUCCUGGACCACGUGUUGCAGCUGGUGGGGUACGGCACUGAUGAGGAGGGUAACCCCUACUGGAUCUGCAGGAAUAGCUGGGGUGAGGCCUGGGGGAUGGGAGGCUAUGUCAACAUCCAACGAGGGGUCAACAGAUGUGGGAUCGCAGAAGAUGCCAAAUACCCUUACUGAAACUAAAGAUACCUUGAAUCAUUA